GAGAGGACCGCUGGUUCUUACAGCGUGUCUGCAUCAGGAGAGCGGGGGUCACCCAGGAUUCCCUUAAAGCCGUUCUCCAGGAGGGGGAAGAAGAGUAAAAGAAAAAAAGUCGUUUUUAUUCUUACCUCGUCAACAGGAUAUGAUCAUCUCGCCGCUGCUGCUUUACAGUAGCCUGGUGUAUAUUUUCGUUUGUGGAAGAUGCCGAAACGGGAAACAAAAGUGAGGCUCAGUCUAUCGGAUAUAGAUCUGAAAGAACAAGACGCGCUAUAGAAACCAGACGGUCUGUCCAAACUCCGGAGAGCGUGGCUAUAUGAAGAUCGCGACACAGUUGUUGCUUUUCCCUCGCAGAAAUGCCAGUGCGUGCUGUGACCACCAGGUUCAUGUACAAGGGACUUUGCACUAUUCCAGAUGUCCUCUCCUACCGGACCCCUGUUCACCUGCCCGAGGACGAGGUGGAAGAGAUUCGCGAGGCUUUCAAAGUAUUUGACAGAGACGGGAAUGGCUUUAUCUCGAAGCAGGAGUUGGGGAUGGCCAUGCGUUCCCUGGGCUACAUGCCAAAUGAGGUGGAGCUGGAGGUUAUCAUCCAAAGACUUGACAUGGAUGGUGAUGGCCAGGUUGGGUUUGAAGAAUUUGUCACAUUGCUUGGCCCGAAGCUCUCUGCUGCUGGAAUGCCUGAUAAGUUCCACGGAGCAGACUUUGAUUCCGUAUUUUGGAAGUGCGAUAUGCAGAAACUAACUGUGGAUGAGCUCAAGAGGCUCCUGUAUGAUACUUUCCGCGACCACCUCACCAUGAAAGACAUUGAAAACAUCAUCAUGACUGAGGAGAACCACCUGAACAGCCCAGAGUCACAUGUGGACAUUGAUACAAGCCCAACACAGCAAGAAAAGCACACAUGUGUGCGUAAGAGCCUGAUUUGUGCCUUCGCUAUUGCAUUUAUCAUCAGCGUCAUGCUCAUUGCAGCAAAUCAAAUGCUCCGUAGAGGGAUGAAGUAAAUAAAUGUUGCCAGCAAGAGACAACCCGAUCUAAGGGUGGACUCUGAGAAGAAAAAAAAAACUAUGUUCAUAUGGUUCUAGGUUUUAUUUAUUGUUAGCACCCAUGAUGAUGCAAUCACUGCAUCUCAAUACAAUAUAAUGGAUGAAACGAUGUCAUACAGUGGUUUUGUGUUACCACUUAUCAUAACAUGGUGAAAAACUGAUCGUAAGGAAGGCAUCUCAAGGGCUGAUUAGUAUCAGACACAGGUUCCCUUAACAAUAUCUGACCAGAAUGCAGAAUGAGACUAUAAUAUUUUACUGUUUCAGUGUACAGUAUGUUCUGUGCAAAGGCUGCAUUGAGAACCAUGCAAUGUAAAAUUCACCACAUAAUAAGACACCAAGGAUAGUAAUAAAGCAAUACAGAGGUGGGUCAUUUAUCUUAGAAUAGAUGUUUCUGAGCACUGCAUAUGUAUGUCUCUGUGUCUGUUUACUAUAAUAUGUCAAGAUUUUCACAGAAUUACAGCUCACAUUGAGUUUAGCAGACUUUUUCUGAGCAAGGAUCAUAAUUAACUUAAAUUUGAAUAAAACAGCCCUCCUAUUUCAAAGAGCAAGACCAGAUGAGUAGUUGCUCUAAAGCUGUCAUUGGCAGCCUGUUGGUCAGUCAGUGGUUGGUUGGACCACCACUAUGCAGGCUGGAAUAUGUCCACUUUAACAUAUCAGAUGUUUCAUCAUUACAUUUUCUAUUCAGGGUGCUUGUCAAGUGCACUAGCUUGUUACCUAUCCAAGACGCAACAAAAGUUAUCCAUUUCAUUUUGUUAUCUCAUGUUAUUAUCCAACACACAGGUCGCAAAAUCUAAUUUGAAGGCACAUAAAAUAAUGGAAAUUCUUCAAAUUUUUUUGAUCUAAGAAGUAAAAGAAACCCAAGAAGUGGAUUAAAG